ACAGCCACAGAAAGAGAGUGACUGGCAGCUAGGACGGUGGUUAGAAAGGAAGGGAAACCAGCACCAGCAGAACCCUAGGAGCCCAUGUGAUGCCAUCAGGCCAAACUCCCAUGAUUCCUCUGUUAGGACUGAGGCUCCAGGGUCACAGACUUGCCACAGUGACCCAGCUGACAGCGGCAAAGCGUCCGAUCUCAGACAGACUGUGGGGAGCACGAGCAUGUGUGAGGAUCCGCUGUUAGAAAGCACAUCCACACACAGACCCAAACACAAGAGAAAGAAAACCGCACAUCACUCAGAGCAGAAGAGAACGACAGCAGACACCAACAACAUCAGCAAACAAACACAUCCGCCGCUGCUGGUGAAGAUCAAGCUGAAGCUGCUCUCCAGGAUCCCACGGGAGCCCAAAGCAGCUCCGCCUCACACAGAGAACAGCAGAGCGUCGAGACGCAAGAGAGCGAUGGAGAGGGAUGAAAAGUUUUCAAAGAAGAAACAGAAACUGGACAAACAUAGAAAACAGUCUUCCUCUCAGCAGAGCCUCCACCAAUCAGAAGCCGUCGGGAACAGCGACAAGAUGAUGAUGAAGAAGAAGAGUGUGAGAAACAGCUCAGGUCUUCCUCAGGACAGAGACGGCCAGCGGAAGAAAGCAGAAACUCAUGGGAAGAAAACCGGCAAGAGCCACAAGGAGCUCCUGGAGAAACCACGAGUGCUGCUGCCCGAUCGCAGGAAACUCUCAGUGGAAGAUCAUUUGAAGGAAGCCAAAAAGCUGAAGCACAAAGCAGAUGCUACGCCGGAUAAGAUGGCUAAAGCGCUGUGCUAUCUGGAGGCUGCGCUGUCGUUCACGGAGAGUGCUGUGGCCAUGCAGACAGAGCCGCAGACGCCCAAAUCUGCCUACACCAUGUUCUCGGAGACGGUGGACCUGAUCAGGUUCAUUCUCAAGCUGAAGAACUACACGGAUCCGGCGGCCGCCGCUCACGAGAGGGACUUCUGCGUCCUGUGCAUGCGGUGCCAGUCUCUGCUGCAGAUGGCCAUGUUCUGCUCCAGACGAGAGCCAGCUCUCAGACACUCGCGGAUGCUCACGGAUCAUUUCAGAAGCUGCUUGUGGUCUGCGUCUCCCUCCGUGUCUAAGAGCGGCUCGCUGCUCGUUCCUCAGCCGGUCCAGCAGGUGGCGGCGGCGUACAUCAGCAUCACCACGCUCCUCCUGAGCGCUCACCACAUCUGGGAGCAGGCGGACCAGAUCGCUCUCCGAGGCAGCGGUUUGCUGCGAGAGCUGGAUUCCGCCGUCGGUCCUCUGAGUCUGAUGUCCUCCAUGAGUGCUUUAGUGCGAUACGCUCGACACGGCCUGCACUGGAUCAGACUCGACACGCAGAAGCGGCGCUGAUGCUUCCCUCGACCGCCGGAGAGCCCAGGAUGUGGCAGCCUUCAUUUAUUUGCACAAUGAUCGAAUCAAACGAUCAAUCUCUCUUUAACGGCUAAUGAAGCGCUUCAGCCGCGGGUCAUUCUGACACGAAAACAUGAUGGUCUUCCCUCUGCACUGAACGAACCCACGUGACACUGCGUCCACCAUCAAGCCAAAGUCCAGCAGCAUCUCAUGAGUGUGAGUGUGAGUGUGAGUGAGUGUGUCUGUCUGUCUGUGAGUGUGAGAGAGCGUGAGUGAGAGUGAGAGAGUGUGUGUGUGAGAGACAGCAUCAGUUCAAAUGCUUUGUGUGACUGCUGAACACUAACACACACACACACACACACACACACACUCUGCCAGCGCAGCAAGUGCCUUCAGAUCUGAUCAACUCAAGCAAACACUAGGACCCACUUAGAGUGAGUUUGAUUACAGUGCAAAUAUUUGUCAUUUCCAGCUUUUAUACGGUCACAUGACUUUUGACCCUUCAGAGAAACUGUGGCAGUGACAGAAACUCAUGCUGCAGUUGUUUGUAUGUACAGCUGAUGGGCCUGACCUCUGACCUCUGGAGUUUUUCUCUUGAUUGUCUCUCUUUAAUCUUGAAUUUUGUUGGUCAAUUUUUUAUUUUUUGCAAUAGGGAGGCAUUGUAUUUAUUUGCAUUAGCAGAUAUUUAUUAUAUCAUUUAUGACCAAGUGCAGAAUUGAUUUUCAGAACAUUACAGAACAGCAUUGAGCCUGUCGAUUGGUCAAGCUGCUUGUUCUUCACGAUAGCGACGCCUCAUUGGUCAAAUCCUUCGUCACUUUUUAAAUAGAGCACUAAGUAUUUCCUGUCCAUCAGUAUUUCCUUUCUUUCCUAAUCUUGGGUCCAGAGCAGCAGAUGUUGAUUGACACUCAAAUGAUGAUUUACUUUCUGCGAACUUUGGAAGAUUAAAAUUCUCUGUCGAAAUGGAAUAUCAGAACGAAAUUUUGUAUUUAUUUUAUAUCCUAUGAUGUGGGAGUUUGGGUUGGUUUUCAACAACUUUAUCAAACUGGUUUGAAUCAGCAAAAGUCUGAUUUGAUUGUUGAUUGCCAAAUCUUCACUGGAAGUGGCUUUGUGUGUCUCAUUGUGUUUGGAAACAAAAAAAACGGUGGUUUUCGUGCCUUAUUCCUUUUUUUGUGUGACUGAGUUCAGUUGACGUUAUUACUGAGAACUGAAGAUGUUUUCCC